GACCGCGCCUGCGGUUGCUGCUGCGCACCUGGAUCUCCCGGGCUCGCCGGCAGACGUUCAUCUUCACCGACGGGGACGACCCUGAGCUCGAGUUCCAGGGCGGUGGCCGUGUUGUCAAUACCAACUGCUCAGCUGUGCGCACCCGCCAGGCACUCUGCUGCAAGAUGUCUGUGGAGUAUGAUAAGUUCAUCGAGUCUGGGCGCAAGUGGUUCUGCCAUGUAGACGAUGACAAUUACGUGAACUCCGAAAGUCUCCUGCACCUGCUGUCCACCUUCUCACCCAGCCAGGAUGUCUACCUGGGGCGGCCCAGUCUGGACCACCCCAUCGAGGCCACAGAAAGGGUCCAGGGAGGCAGAACCGUGACCACAGUCAAGUUCUGGUUUGCUACUGGUGGGGCUGGGUUCUGCCUCAGCAGAGGCCUCGCCCUCAAGAUGAGCCCAUGGGCCAGCCUGGGCAGCUUCAUGAGCACAGCCGAGCGGGUGCGGCUGCCAGAUGACUGCACGGUGGGCUACAUCGUGGAGGGGCUGUUGGGUGCCCGCCUGCUGCACAGCCCUCUCUUCCACUCCCACCUGGAGAACCUGCAGAGGCUGCCGGCUGAUGCUGUGCUCCAACAGGUCACCUUGAGCUACGGGGGUCCCGAGAACCCACAUAACGUGGUAAACGUGGCCAGAGGCUUCAGCCUACAGCAGGACCCCACUCGGUUUAAGUCUGUCCACUGCCUUCUCUACCCAGACACAGACUGGUGUCCCAGACAGGAGCAGGGUGACCCCGCCUCUUGAUGACCAGCAACCCCUGACCCAAGGCUGACUCUGGUUCUGCCCCAGGUGCAGGGAGCAGGAGCAGUGUUCCCCCUGUCUGGCCCCAGUUGGCUCCUUCAAGUGCUAUGGCCAAAUGCAGUGAGAUGUGGGCGCCAGGCAGACUCCACUGGCCUGCAGACACCCCCUACAAUCCCUUGGCAGCCUGAGGUGACUAAGCGCUUUGGGAGAGCGAGGACUGCCAGAUUCUGAGUGCCAGGGGCCAUCUUAGGAGCCAUAGUGCCCUCCUCUUGGCCCAACACAGCAGAUCAAUCACAUGGAGGAAGUUUACCCAAGCACCUGGAUUCAUAGAGUGCUAGCAUCCAGGUUCACGGGGCUCCAUUGCACUCUUCUGGGGCUCCAAGCAAAGGUCCUGCCUGUUCUUUCAGGCCCAGGCACAAACCAUUGCAAGGGUUUUGCCUGGCAGGGCUCAUGGGGGGAUGCCACCCUCUCUGUCGCACACGUGGUGCACAGCCAGGCAUGGAGCUCAGAACUCAGGCCUCAAGAGGCCAUGCUCAUGGCCAGAGCUGCACUCCCAGCCCAGGUGCCCCAUCUGGAGGCCUCCCGAUUGAGGCCUUGGAGAUGCUUUCUGCUCUGACUCAGUGUUUAGAACUUCUCUGCUCUGGGCAACCCCCACUGGGCCUCCCAUUUGUAAAACAGUAGGAGCCUUUCAUUUGGGGCUCCUCAGGAGUGCCACCACCUCCACCUACUGGUCCCAGCAGACCCACUGCCCUUGACUGGUGCCUUUGUGGGGGAAAAUCAGACAAGGAGGGGCGUCACCUUCCCUCUGCCUCCGCUUUGCUAUCGCCCUGAGCUAGUAAAGGCUUCAUUCUUAUUC